AUGGCGUGCGGCCAUACCCUCCGUUCUCGCCUCAAAGACUGCAAAAAGGGUGACCAAUGCAGAGGCGAGCUUUGGAAACCCGCCUUCAUCAACGACAGCUGUGCCGCAUGUCACCGGCCCAUGAACUACCGUCAGAUUCGUGCCCUGUAUGAGGCCAAACAUUCAGUCCUGAUGGCUGAGUACCGAGAGGCUAAAAGUACUGGAAAUGAAGAAAAGAUGCGUCGCCUCCAGCGUGCCAUGAUCCGGAAUACCCAACUGUCGCGGCUUGGUAAUUUUGCUGUAAGCCUCACACGAGAUGCGCCGUGUGGCGACGUUCAAUGGCCAACGACUGACAAGGAAAAUGGUAGCAGUGGUGGUUGA